AUGACGCUCUACUACAGUCUUGUAUUUGCGCUCUUAAUGGCCGAGAUGGGCUUGUUUAUGCUGCUACUCGUGCCGCUGCCAUUCAAGAUCAAGCGAAAGAUCUUUACCUUCAUCUCUGAGAGCCCGCUCGUGGCCAAAAUGCAGUAUUGGAUGAAAAUCACCUUUGUCUUCAUCCUGAUAUUGUUCGUCGACAGCGUCAACCGAGUGUACAAGGUCCAGGUCGAGCUUAUGGCUGCCCAUGAACAGACCGCCAAGGGAAAUGCCGCCGUUAUCAUGGGAUCCGAACGUCUCGAAGUCCAGGCCCGCAAAUUUUACUCCCAGCGCAACAUGUACCUUUGCGGCUUUACGCUAUUCCUGUCAUUGAUUCUCAACCGCACCUAUGUCAUGAUUCUUGAGGUGAUGCGCCUGGAGGAUAAGGUGAAGAUGUACGAGGGAACCAACAAGAACACCAAGGAGAGCGAGAAGUUGGCUGUUGCCGGAAAGCCUGGCGAGCUGGCUGCUCUCAGGGAGAAGCUUGAGAAGAAGGACCAGGACCUCCAGAACUUGAAGAAGCAGGCUGAGCAGCUUAACAAGGCGUACAGUGAUCUCAGUGAUAAGUACGCCGCCACUCAGAUUGACGGCGAGAGCCAAAAGUCGAAAUAA